AGCACACAUGUUCUUUAGUCUGAAUCUGCCUUCAUCGCCAGCGGAAUGUCUACUACUUUCUGGUUUUACUUGUAUGCGUGUUUCAUUUCGGUUUUGGCCGUCUAUCUACCGGAACACAAUUGCCAUUCAUAUUUUACAUACGAAACCAUGGAAUUGGAAAAAACGUAUAUUGGCGUUUUCACGGCCCACAAAAGCUUACUUACUUCGUUCUACUGGGAGGCUGAGUUUUCUGCUCGCGGAAGUAUCGAUCAAGUCGACUAUCUCAAUCCGUAUCCGGACAAUCAAGAGUGCUUUAAAAAUAUCAAAAGGGGAAAUCGCGCCCAAAUGUUCGUGUCCUUCCAAAACAUUACCAGCGAGCUGCCCAAGCUGAUCAGUUUUAAGCUUAAUGGAGAGACACUGUGCAGCAACGAAAAAUACCCCCCACUCUCUAUCACAACUCGCGUAGCUCGGAGAAUGGCCGUCGAUGAAAUACCCAUAGCAUUAACAUUUAGAAAAAGGUUUUGAAUGGAUCAGAGCGUUUUUCACAGUGUACGUAGUGCCAUAACUCCUGUUCAAUUCAAUUAUUAUUACUAAUACUUUAGUAUUACCACUACUAUUACUACUAUUACUUUAUUUUACCACUACUAUUGUAUUAAUCGAUAAAUAAAAAUUGAUUAUUCAGGCGUUCUUAUGGCAGCUUUAAAAAAGCCAUAAUGACGGUU